UGGCACUAUCUAACUGUGUUUUACCCGUUCAUGCAUAUCAAUAUGGAAUUUCUGGAGCAGCGCCUUUUCAGUACUGGAGAAGUGACUCAACACCAAAACAAAUGCUGUAUACAUCCUCAGUGAAUGGAAUUCCCCCCAUACUUGCAUCCUGCCCCUCAGAAGCUGAGGUGAAACGUAUUGAGGAGAGGUUUGACAACUGGAAUUGCAGCGCCCAGUCAUUGCAACGAUCUUAUCGGCCGGGAAGAAAAUUUAUGCCUCGAGCCUUCGCGCAUCAGUGCACUGUAUUAUCCGUGGCAACUGCUCUCUACCAAUGGGUCGUUUCUGGUCUCAGCAGACUUUUCCGCCCAUUUCAACCUGACUUCCAAACAGACGGUAAGGAGACAGGAAGUACGUUACAGACACCAGCUGGGAGGAGACAGAGGAGGCGGAGGAGACGCUGAGGGGAGAAGGAUAAAGUGAAGUGAUGAAGACAUGCAUCUCAGUGGAGGAAACGGGGGCAUGGAGGUGAUCCUGAGGGAGUAGGUGAGAGUUUACCAGCAAUUGGGUGAAGAUGCUGGGGAGCCUAGGAAGA